GACACAGGGAGGGAAACACUCGGACAAAUCUGCACGGACCCCACAGAGGCACCCAUAAUCUCUCACCCAACACAGCAGACGGAGGGACCAUGAAGACCGUGGUGGCUCUGCUGCUUCUCUGUCUGUGUGAUCCUGGACACAGUGACUGCCAGGCAGACUGUUUGUCCUGCAGCAAAGUCCUGCCCAAACUCCUCAGUUUCAACACCAUGGUGUGUCUCAUUGAGUGCAAAGGCAAAGUUUCCCCAUCUUUUUCCUGGGACUUAUGUCUUAAAGCACUAUCGCCACCCAUCCCUACCCUAGAUGGCACAACAAGGAAAAGAUCCCAGGAAGAGGCUGAAGCUCUGUUUCCUGAGGAAGAGGAGCAGAUGCAAGAUGGUCUGUUACUACCCAUGGCAUUACAGAGAUUCGACCAUGUGGCCCGGGCACUCAGCAUGAAUGAGAGAGAUCUGAGUGGAAAGAACAGUCAGCUAAGCACUGCUUAUGAUUCCCAGAGUCCCCUGUCCCUUGAAAACGAAUAUGAAGAAGAGGAAGCAGGGCAUGAAGGAGAGGAUGGUGUGGCAGCAGGUGAACUGGAUGAUGCAGGACUGAGCAUUUACAAGAGGUUUGGCGGCUUCGUUAAAGGAAGGCAUGGCUACAGGAGACUGAUGUCUCCAGGAAGAUCAUACCAGAAAAGGUAUGGUGGCUUCAUCGGUAUUCGGAAGUCAGCACGCAAGUGGAACAAUCAAAAGCGUUUCAGCGAAUUCCUGAAGCAGUAUCUGGGGAUGAGCGCUCGGGCCACCGAGUUCAACAGCAUGUCAGAGGACCUCACCCAACAGAAUGAAGUCUAGCAGAGAGCACCUUCAAACCUCUGCCAUAAAAAAAUUUCCUGAUGUGUUUUCAUGGAUAUUGUUUUGUAUUACAAUGACCAACAUGUCAAAGUUUAGGUGGUGACAUCAAAGUUGACCCAUUGAAUCCAGUGUAAAUAACUUACCAAGAAAUGAGUCCAAAGUCUGAGACUCUAUUUUGGAGCCCUAGUUGUGCUAAGACAUAUGAAUAACAUUUUCUGUUCUUCAUCUCUUUUAUUAUGGUAAUUAUCAAACCCCGUUUUGAACAUUUCUAUCAAACUUGAUCCUCAAGAGGUGGUACUAAAAAAUUGGACCCCUCUAAACUAUAUUUACUACCAUGUUCCAGUGACCCUUAUCAAACUCUGGACAUCCUUGCUUUGUCAUACUUCUCAUUCAAUGGCCCAAACUCCUCCUUCAGUCUCUAAAUUAAGUCUUUAUGUAUAGUCCUACAGUGAAAUACAGGGUUUAUUUUGCAGUUAAAUCCAUGGAUUUCAAACUUCAGCUUCCUGCAGAUUUUAGAUGUUUUCCUGCUUCAACACACCUGACUCAAAUUAACAAGUCAUUGUGCAGAACUUGACAACAAACUAUUGGAUCCAUUUUAUUUAAAUCAGAUGUGUUGGAGCAGGGAAGCAUCUACAUCCUGCUGAACAAUAUUCCUGGAGGACUGGAGUUUGAGAUCUAAAUAAAAUCUACAAAUUAAACCAAUAAUAUGAGUUUACACAAUUCUUAAAUUUUUUUAACUUCUUUUUUGCCACUGACCUAUUUCUAUGGCUCACCUUCACUGUUAAAAAUGUGUAAAUCCUCUUUUUAUUAUACCAGUGGUUAACCUCGUGGCCAAGUGGACAAAGAUUUCUUUCAUCAAAUUAUACCUUUAUUUUUUCUUCUUUUUUUAUGCUCUUGCACUAUCACCUAACCAAACUGGCAUUUUGAUUAGAAAAAUGUCAGCAGUCAUACGGUACAUGAUUUGUGUUAAAUAAAUUAAAAAGUGUUAAAAACCAGCAAAAUUUUACUUGUUAAAUGUGUUCCAAAAAAUAAACCUGAGACUGGGUAACUCAAGAAAUUUAAAAAAAUGAUUAAUAACAAAACUAGACCGCACACAGCAGUCAUUUAUACUUUAUAACGCUACUCAUGUACAAGUGAGCAUAAACUUUGACUCUUAUGUCACACUACGGUACGGACGAGCUGUCUUUGAAAUGUGCUGAUGUGAAAUGUUUUUGUUGCCCAGUAUGAGAACUUGUAAAUAGCUGAAUUUAAAAAUGACAAUAAAUAUAGUUUAUUAUUUCCUUUGUGGCUUGUCAUGCAGCAACUGAUUCUGUGUCUUGAAGUAUUUUGUUCUUUAAAAUUUAUAGUUUCAUUUAGACUGCCAUUUUAAUGUUUGCGUUUCCCUUUGAGUUAAGCUAAAGUUUAUGAGAAAUUGCUUUUUGGGAAGGUUAAAUUCUUUUGGUUGCUUUUUAUCCAAAGU